AUGUUCUUGUACCUUGCAUUAGCCGAAGCAAAAUGGCCUGGCGUGGAAAUGGAACAACAUCCAUUAUACCAUCCUCGUUAUCAAAUGUAUAAAAGAUUCAAGCAAGACCAAGCAUACCCUCUUCAUCAUCGUAGACAUCAAAGAAGAAGUAUCCCAAUGAAAAAAGCCGAGCAAAACCUUAAAUUAGACCCAUCGCUCGCAUCACAAUUAGCAGGCAUGCAUGUCUGUCAGAAGCCAGCAAUCUACUUGUAUCCAACAAAGACAACUGAUCUUUCAGUUGGCAUUGUUCUUCCUAAGAACCAAUUCACCACAACCGUUCCAGAAUUUACUCAUGGAACAAUGUGGAACGUUACAGCCAAACCAAACGGCGAAAUCAUUUGCAAGAAUAAAGUUGUCCCAUACUUGUUCUGGGAAGGAUUGUCUGACAUGAAGAUGCAGUUCAAGGAAGGCUUCUUUGUCAAGAAGGGUCAAGGAAGAAAGUUCCUUGAGAAGGUAUUAACAGCUUUCAACUUAAACGACCGCGAAAAAUUUGACUUCAUAACAUACUGGCUCCCAACACUUAACAGGCUUGGUGACUCAUUCGUAUCAUUCCAGUUAGGAAACUAUUGCCAUGAAGUUCCACUUGUUUCUUCUGUUGAGCCAGAUACAGUCAUCCGUGUUUUCAUGGCUAUCAAGAAGGCAGACUCAGCUGACAAGCUCAAACCAACACAAACAAUUCCACACCUUGAGCGCAAGGGCUUCACAAUUGUUGAGUGGGGCGGCUGUGUAGUUCGUUCAAACAAGAUCAACCACCUCAAGUAA